AUGGGCUGUGUGCACUGCAAAGAGAAGUGGUUGGGCAAAGGGCAGGCGGGGGGCGAGGGAGGGGCCACCCUACCCCCUGCCUCCCAGUACGACCCCGACCCCACGGGCACCGACUUCACCCGCAUCCCCGACUUCAACAACUUCCAUGGCACGGGGGUACCCACCAGUGCCCACUUCACGGGGCCUGGGGGCUUCACCUCCAACACGCUGCAAAUGUCAAGCGGGGGCAUCACAGGUGGGGGGGUGACACUCUUCAUCGCCCUGUACGAGUACGAGGCCAGGACGGAGGAUGACCUGACCUUCCAGAAAGGGGAGAAAUUCCACAUCAUCAACAACACGGAGGGUGACUGGUGGGAGGCCAGGUCGCUGAGCUCGGGUGCCACGGGCUACAUCCCCAGCAACUACGUGGCCCCCGUGGACUCGAUCCAGGCAGAGGAGUGGUACUUCGGGAAGAUCGGGCGCAAGGACGCGGAGCGGCAGCUCCUGUGCCACGGGAACUGCCGGGGAACCUUCCUCAUCCGGGAGAGCGAGACCACGAAAGGUGCCUACUCCCUCUCCAUCCGGGACUGGGAUGAGGCCAAAGGGGACCACGUCAAGCACUAUAAGAUUCGGAAACUGGACAACGGGGGCUACUACAUCACCACCCGCGCCCAGUUUGACACUGUCCAGCAGUUGGUCCAGCACUAUAUUGAGCGGGCGGCCGGGCUGUGCUGCCGCCUGGCCGUGCCGUGCCCCAAGGGGACCCCCAAGCUGGCCGACCUGUCGGUCAAAACCAAAGACGUGUGGGAGAUCCCCCGCGAGUCCCUCCAGCUCCUCAAGAAGCUGGGCAACGGGCAGUUCGGGGAAGUCUGGAUGGGCACCUGGAAUGGCACCACGAAGGUGGCAGUGAAGACGCUGAAGCCGGGUACCAUGUCACCUGAAGCCUUCCUGGAGGAGGCUCAGAUCAUGAAGCGGCUGCGGCACGACAAGCUGGUGCAGCUCUACGCCGUGGUGUCCGAGGAGCCCAUCUACAUCGUCACCGAGUUCAUGAGCCAGGGCAGUUUGCUGGAUUUCCUGAAGGAUGGGGACGGUCGCUACCUGAAGCUGCCCCAGCUGGUGGACAUGGCUGCCCAGGUACCCUGGGCUGGGCUGGGGUGGGGCUGAGCAGGCAUGGCCUACAUUGAGCGGAUGAACUACAUCCACCGGGACCUCCGGGCUGCCAACAUCUUGGUGGGGGACAACCUGGUGUGCAAGAUCGCUGACUUCGGCCUCGCCCGCCUCAUCGAGGACAACGAGUACACGGCACGGCAGGGUGCCAAGUUCCCCAUCAAGUGGACAGCCCCAGAGGCCGCACUCUUUGGGAAGUUCACCAUCAAGUCAGACGUCUGGUCCUUUGGGAUCCUCCUGACUGAGCUGGUGACCAAGGGCCGGGUGCCCUACCCAGGGAUGAACAACCGGGAGGUGCUGGAGCAGGUGGAGCGCGGUUACCGGAUGCAGUGCCCAGGGAACUGCCCCCUCUCCCUGCACGACGUGAUGGUGCAAUGCUGGAAGAGGGACCCCGAGGAACGUCCCACCUUCGAGUACCUCCAGUCCUUCCUCGAGGACUAUUUCACUGCUACCGAGCCCCAGUACCAGCCAGCCCCCCCCCCGCCCCCCGCCCCGAGCCGGGCUCUGGGGACAUGA